AUGUCGAAUCCCCUGGACACUGAUGCGGGCUCCGAGAUGUUCGGCAGCUACGAGAACGAACUGAAGCUUGUACAAGCUGAUCUGAACCAGAAACUGGACCAGAUCACCGAGGCCAGCGGCGAGGAGCGCAAAAACGCAAUUCGCCAAGCGGAGCAGGUAUUAGACGAGGCAACAGAAUUGCUCGAUCAAAUGCGCAUGGAGAAGCAAAACAUUCCCUCAGAAGUCCGGUCAAAAGUGAACCAGCGCUUCCGCAAUUACUCAACCGACAUCGACGAAAUAAAGCGCAAGAUGAAGGAACUCACCGACGAUCGCAGCGCAGUCUUCGGCGACCGAUACACCGACGAUCCCCAAGACGAGCAAGUCGAGCAGCGCCAGCAACUUCUCUCCGGAACCGACCGACUAGAGCGCAGCUCUGCCCGACUGCAGGAUAGUCAGCGCAUGGCGCUGGAGACGGAGGAUAUUGGGCGCGGCGUCCUGGGCGAUCUAUACGUCCAGCGACAGACGAUCCAGCAUACGCGCGAUAACCUGCACCAGAGUGAGGGCUACGUUGAUACCAGCAUUAAGACUUUGAGGGGCAUGGCCCGUAGGAUGGCUACGAAUCGGAUAAUCACCAUUGCUAUCAUUACGGUCCUUGUUCUUCUUAUUGUCGCCGUCAUUUAUAGCAAGUUUCAUUAG